AUGGCAUCAUGCACCGCCUUUGGUGACUGGCGGCGAGCUCACGGUCUCACGCCGGUCAGCCAGUCACUCCUCCCAACAGUCCCUCGCCAGUCAGCCAGUCACUCCCAGUCACUCCAAAGUUCUCCGCCAGUCAGCCAGUCAGCCAGUCACUCCCAACAGUCCUCGCCGUCAGCCAGUCAGCAGUCACUCCCAACAGCCCAUCGCCAGUCAGCAGUCACUCCAAAAGUCCCUCGCCAGUCAGCCAGUCACUCCCAACAGUCCCUCGCCAGUCACUCCUCAGCCAGUCAGCCAGUCCUCCUCCCAACAAGCCCCUCGCCAAGUCAGCCAGUCACUCCCCAAAAGCCACAGCCAGUCAGCCAGUCACUCCCAACAGUCCCUCGCCAGUCAGCCAGUCAGCCAGUCACUCCCAACAGCCCCUCGCCAACAGUCAUCCCCCAACAGCCCUCGCCCAGUCACUCCACAGGUCCCUCGCCAGUCAGCCAGUCACUCCCCUCCAGUCCACAAUCGGGAGGAACGGGAUCCGCCGGGCCUUCACCCGUCCGCGGCUGCUUGGGGGAAUCUCGAAGGCAAAGUGUUCCCCCUCUUAGUGGCUGGGGAUAA